GAAGUCGCAUUUGCUUGCUCCGAGGCACCGUUUGCGGUCCAUUGAGAAGUGUGUUUUCCGUGUGAACUGUGCUUCAGCUGUGUGACUGUCGUUCUCAGUGCUUCCAUUGGAGCGACGCAGGACAACGCUACACGCCGGAUAAUAUUUCCUCGCAUCAUUGUGUCACCCAAUAAGCCCACGGAUUGAUCAGAGUGAAGCAAGGGAUUCAACUCAGCGGUGAAUAACGACUUUCUCGCCCGGGCAGUGGGCUACCUCAACGGAAUCUGCAGAAACUCUCGUGCGGGAAAUCCAGUCCGAAGGAACUGCGAGCAGACUUCAAUAUCAGACAUGAACAUGUGGCAACACGAUCGCUAUUCAAACAAUUCGCCUCUGUAUCGCACAGAAAGUGACGACCUCAAGGUCGAAAUGAAAAACUCCAGAGCCAUAGCCGUUCUCUGGGGCGUUUUCAGCGUGUGCUUCUGUAUCAUAGACUGCGUAGUCUUCUUCCAACCCCACUGGCUCGGUGACACCAAGGAUUCACCCGGUACCGGAUACUUCGGUUUGUGGAAAUACUGUCAACUGAUUCAAGAUGGUCAAGGUGUCACCUGCGCGGGGACAUUAUCCGACUUUACCCAGAUCCCGUCGGUGGCUUUCCGCAUCACAACUGUUCUGGUCGGGCUUUCUGUGGCUCUGAGCAUCGUUUCUGUGCUCAUCAUGCCAAUGUUCUGCUUCGUUAACACAUCCACCACUUUCCACAUCUGCGGUUGGCUGCAAGCGUUGUCAGGUAUGACCCUUCUCGGCGGAUGUCUCGUUUACCCUGCUGGUUGGAACAUUUCUAUCGUCCAGGAUGUCUGCGGUCCGUUAGCCGGGGAAUACUCGCAAGGCAACUGUGCCAUAAGGUGGGCUUUCGUUCUGGCUGGCAUCGGUGUUGCAGACUCCGUCGUCCUGUCGAUAUUGGCAUUCGUCUUGGGGAGCUAUUACGUGAAAAUGCUGCCCAAAAACUACCUCAACUCGAAAGUUCCGAGCGAAAAGAUGAGCCGAGCAGGAUCGAUCGUGCCUGAGGGCUACGCGCCAUCACAUUACUCACAUGGUUACGGCUUCUGAAGAAGCUCGGAUCGAGUUUGACUUGUAGCAUUUGUACAUUCAAAUCACGAUCGGAGUUCCACUUCACACU